AUGCACUUUAGUGGGGCACCCAGGUUAGGAUUGGAGCUCGACUCCCAGCGUGUUCUAUUGAAUGAAACCAUCCGCAAACAGCAUCGAGGGGAAACAAUGGCAAGGAUGGCACUGAAGGCGGUGCGCGCCUCUGUUUGCCAUUCGAAUACUUCUAGAGUCUCAAGCUGCGCAGGCUUCUCCUCGCUGCGAUGCACCACGCCUCGCGUUGUUCUAUCACCAGCGCGCUUCACCAUCUUGCCCCAGACUGCCAAACGACACCUGCAAUCACAAGUCUUCUGGCUCCCGCCACUCAUGUUCGUCGGGCUUUUGGGCUCGCUCUGGAUAUGGAAAUGCAUGAUGAUGGUGGUGUUCCAGAACAAGAUCAUAUACAUGCCGGGUCUGCCGCCGAACGCACGUCGCGAGCGCAUUGAGGACUACGCCCGACAAUGUGGAGGCAUAUCAUGGCAGGCGCGUAGGAUACGAGCUGCCGAUGGCACGGAUCUGGCCGUUUGCAUGACGAGUGUAGAGUGCGAUGGCUCAAAAGCUGGCGCAUCGUCACUUGCUGCUGGGCGCGGCCUUGCAACUCCGGUUUACAUUCUCUACUUUCAGGGUUUGUCCCAUUCCAUCCGUAACGGCUAG